GAGAAUGUCUAGACUCCUGCUGGGGAUUCCACCUCUCUGGUUUGGGGUUUAGAAAGAAGCAAUCACAAGCAGAGCAGGUUUAUACUAUGUUACCAUAACCAGGCAGUUUGUAGCUGCUGUUCUAACAUACAUAGAAGCUGCAGCAAGGGGAGGUGCAGUGAUUCAGCCUGGGCUAUACCUUACUGGCUUCCCUUACACACUCCAGGGGAAGCAAGUCUCUUGGAAGAAAGUCUUGAGAUCUAUUUUCCACAAGUCUGCAAGAAUGCCUCUUCUCUCCCUUCUCUGGAUACGUCUUCUUUUUGCUAGUUUUGAAAGCAAGGUGUCCUGAAAAAAAAUAAUAAAAGGAAUCCAAAAGAUCCCACCAUCAGGACAAAUGUGGGGUGCCCCCUAAAUGGUGUUUGCUGUGCAAUCUGCUACUUUUUAAGGGAGAAAAAUCCUAAAUUUGCAACUGUGUUCUCUGAUCCCAUGUGUGCCUGGGUGGCUUCAGAAGUCGCUGUUGUUUAAGGUGGAUUAAGUAAUGAUCCUCCGCCUUUACAUCAUGGUGAUCUCAUAUCUUUGUGCCAUUGGUGCUGCCCCCUACCAAAGCCAGAAGACAGAUCGUGAUUAUGGCCCCGAGAUAUCUUCCCACCCUUCCGAUCCAACACUAGAACCCUUUAACAUCAGUCAUGGACUACAGGAGGUGCUAUUACCAGACUUGGCUUCCACGUAUCCAGAUAUGACUGGUAACGAAUGGAAGCUCUACUCUCCUAGAGUCAUUCUGUCCAGUCAAGAACCUUCAGAUCCUCCUCUUCUUUUCUUAGCAGACGAGCCUGUCUCGCAUUCAGAACCAGCAAAUAGGACUUCACGGGUUAAACGGGCAAUGGGAUCUGACAUGGCCAGUGCGUCCCGCCGGGGGGAACUUUCUGUAUGUGACAGCAUGAACCUUUGGGUUACUGACAAGAGAUCGGCUGUGGAUGACCGAGGCAAGACAGUGACCGUAAUGUCGGAAGUUCAGACUCUAACAGGACCUUUGAAGCAGUACUUUUUUGAGACAAAGUGCAACCCUGCUGGUGGAACUACCAACGGGUGCAGGGGUGUGGACAAACGACACUGGAUAUCAGAAUGCAAAGCAAAACAGUCUUAUGUGCGGGCACUGACUAUGGACACCAACAAGCAGGUGGGGUGGCGCUGGAUCCGGAUUGAUACUGCGUGUGUCUGCGCCCUGUUGAGUCGCACUGGGAGGACGUAAAAGGGAAGGGGAAAAAGUUGAGUGUACUGCUCUCUCUGUAUUGCUACAGUUUGAGUAAACUGGAGGAGCUUCUGAUCUUCUCAUUAAGCUGUUUACAAUGUGGCAAAGAGGCCAAGAGCCCAUAUUCCUACAGUCACAAACAUAUAUUUUGGGGGGUGGGGGAAGUCAUAAAACAGCUGUCACGAGGAAUGAUUUAACUCUACCAGGUUGUGUGACUUCCAAAACUGGAUACAAAUUUUAAACAGUCCUCAUCUAAAGGGAGCAAUACUUUAUUAACCUGUGAUAACUAUGUUACUAGUGCCUUUUCAGUGUGGAUUUGCACAGUUACAUCUACAUUAUAAAGGGAAUUUCGUAACACAUCAAGGAGUUGGCAAGUUGAGGUUUCAAAAGUCUUAAGGAUCAUGUGUAUAUUUAGUCUUCACGAUUAGGACGCAUCCGAGAAUCCUGACUAGGUGUCUCCAUUCUGGACAAAUCUAAUCUUUGUCUCUCAUUCGACAUGACAGACAUGACUGUGUUGGAUUAUGAAAUGUGAAGAAAUUAACCAGCCAGAUUAAUGUUGUUAUCCUGCCCAUAACUUUAUACCGUUCAC